AUGAAGACGGUCCUGGGGAAUCCCAUGGAAUUCCCUCAGCCAUUUUGUAGUGCCAUAUUCUCAGUGAAGACCGCAGACGAGGCGGAGCAGCGUCUGCUAGCCUUGCAUGACAGGUGCGAGGAGAGACAGAUUCCGACGGCUUUCGUCACGGAAGUCAUCGAAGAAGCUGCAGCAAUCCAAGGAGCCUUCGAGGAGGAAGGCAUGAAAAGCGAAGUUGCAAUCAUGAAGGUCCCUGCCCAUCAAGAGAUCUGCGACCUGCCGAAUGAAAUAAAUUUGUUGUCUCUAGUCAAAGUCGACAUAGAUACCGACGAGAUCUCUUCUACGACUGCUAUUCCUGGCACUCAACAUCCUCCGAACUCAUCCUUGGAGAAGAACACGGAUGAGCAUGGAUGA